AUGUUUAUUCUUGAAUCAACUUAUCGUUCUAUGUCUAGUGACCCUGUGAUUAAACCAAACCCAGAUGUAACACCUGAAGCUGACGAUUCAACUAACGACUUAGGUCAAAUUUUUGUUAAUGGAAAAAAAUGCGAAAUUCCCGAAGGUGUAGAUAUUUCGAAUUUAUCGAUUAUUAAUAAUCGUUGUCCUGAAUUUUCAACUACUUCUAACAACAAAUCAACUAUUCGUAGAAAAAAUCCAAUUACUUCUAACGAAAAAAAGACUGAUUCAAAAACGAAAAUUCCUGAAACAACAACUUUGUGUCCACCAUUCACUCGAAGAUUGAACGAAUUGAUCGCAGAAAUUGAGAAAUCGCCCGUACUUUUCCGCUUAGGUAAAAAGAAAAUGUAA